CGGCACUAUAAGAAGGCAGGCAAAAUCCUCAUUCGUGCACCUCUCUACAGAACAAAUCAUUGCUACAGAGCGAGAGCAAAGAUAGUUCGAUUAUAUUAUUUUCAGCUGAGUUUUGUUGGUGAAAAAUGGCUCUCCUUACAGAUCUCAUCAACCUUAACCUUUCAGAAUCCACGGACAAGAUCAUCGCCGAGUACAUAUGGAUCGGCGGAUCGGGUAUGGAUUUGAGGAGCAAAGCAAGAACUCUUAAUGGACCUGUUAGUGAUCCUUCUAAGCUUCCCAAGUGGAACUAUGAUGGUUCUAGCACUGGUCAAGCUCCUGGUGAAGACAGUGAAGUGAUCCUUUACCCUCAAGCUAUUUUCAAGGAUCCCUUCAGAAGAGGCAACAAUAUUCUUGUUAUGUGUGAUGCUUACGAUCCUGCUGGAGUACCAAUUCCAACAAACAAGAGAUGUGCAGCAGCCAAGAUCUUCAGCCAUCCUGAUGUUCUUGCAGAAGAGCCUUGGUAUGGUAUUGAACAAGAAUACACCUUGCUCCAGAAAGAUGUUAAAUGGCCUCUUGGCUGGCCCGUUGGUGGCUACCCUGGACCUCAGGGACCAUACUACUGCGGUGUCGGUGCUGACAAAGCUUGGGGAAGGGACAUUGUUGAUUCCCAUUACAAGGCUUGUUUAUAUGCUGGAAUUAACAUUAGUGGUAUCAAUGGAGAAGUUAUGCCUGGUCAGUGGGAAUUUCAAGUAGGUCCUGCGGUCGGAAUCUCUGCUGCUGAUGAAUUGUGGGUAGCUCGCUAUAUUUUGGAGAGGAUUACAGAAAUUGCUGGCGUUGUCCUUACUUUUGAUCCCAAGCCUAUUCAGGGUGAUUGGAACGGUGCUGGUGCUCACACAAAUUACAGUACCAAGUCAAUGAGGAAGGAAGGAGGCUUUGAGGUUAUCAAGAAGGCAAUCGAAAAGCUUGGGAAGAAGCACAAAGAGCACAUUGCUGCUUAUGGUGAAGGCAAUGAGCGCCGUCUCACUGGUCGACACGAAACCGCUGAUAUCAACACAUUCAAAUGGGGUGUGGCAGACCGUGGUGCCUCCGUUCGUGUUGGCCGAGACACACAGAAAGAAGGAAAAGGUUAUUUUGAGGACAGGAGGCCUGCUUCUAACAUGGAUCCAUAUGUGGUCACUUCCAUGAUUGCGAAAACCACCAUUCUGUCGGAAUGAAUUCUCAGCAUUAGGGCUCAUGAGUCAUGAGUCAUAAAAGAAUUGUGUUUUACUAGGAUCCAUUCCAUCUGUUUCAUUUGUAGUAUAGCUAGUUGUGUUUCAGUGUCUGCCCUUGUAUUUGAGUUUGGCAAGGUGGGUUCAUUGCUUCCACCUCGCCUUGGUGUCAGAAUAAUUUAAACAUUUAUAUUAAUAACCAUAUGAAAGGGCUGAUUUCCAUUGUUCUAAAAAA